AUGGCUGAACUAACAGAGACUAUAUCUGAGGGCAUCCCAAAUACGACAGAUUAUUAUUAUGAGGAUGACGACCAAAUCGAUUCUAAUUGGUGUGAUAUGAACGACAUUGCCAAGAUGAGUGCCCUGGUUGCCAGCAUUCUGUUCUCUGUGAUUUUUCUCUUCAGCCUGCUAGGAAACAGCCUUGUGUUGUGGAUUGUCUUGAAAUACGAAAGCCUUAUGUCCUUGACAAAUCUCUUCAUCAUGAAUCUUUGCAUCAGCGACAUAACCUUCUCUUGCACACUGCCCUUUUGGAUUGUGUACCAUAACUAUGGAUGGAUUCUGGGUGAUUUUCUUUGCAAAACUGUGAGUGCCAUCUUCGCUAUCAGUUACUACAGUGGUGUUAUCUUUCUUACCAUCAUGACCAUUUUUCGAUACCUGGCUGUAUCCGAUCCCUUAUCAACACUGAGGACUCAGACAAAAAGAUCUGGCAUGCUGAUAAGUUUGGCCAUUUGGAUCACUGCUUUUUUAUUUGUGAUCCCUGAGAUAACUUACAUCCAAGUGACAACAGCCACUAACAACAGUGAUGGCCAACAGGUCUGUGACUACCAAGAGNCCCCCUGGAAGCUGGUGGAGUUGUGUGAGCAAGUUAUUUUAUUCUUCAUCUCCUUCAUAACCAUUGCAACAUUAUAUGUCAGCAUACUAAAGAUUCUCCUUAGAUCAAGGUCUCAAAGGAGGCACAGAACUGUGAAGCUCAUAUUUACCAUCGUGGUGGUCUUUUUUCUAAGCUGGGCCCCUUACAAUGUGCUUGGUUUUGUGUAUGUUCUUUCCACCCGACAGAUCAUAAAGCUACACUGUCAACUCGCGAAGGAAGUUUUCUUUGCUUUUGACAUCAGCCGUGUAGUAGCCUACUGCCACUGUUGUUUCAAUCCAGUCCUCUAUGUCUUUGUUGGGGUGAAAUUCAGAAAGCAUCUGAAACUCCUGUACAAUCAGUUUGCUCUGUGCCAUAAAGGCAUCCCACAGACUACCCCAAGAUUUCAUUCUUUUGACUUGGGUCCGUAUGAAGAUCCAUCUCUGUAUUAAAGUAUCAACUGCCUGACAAUGCAGGAGUCUGAAUACCAAAACCAACCUAAAGGAAAACAGGAGGGAAAUGCCUAGAGCAGUUCUACAACUCUCCUCCAUGUACAAGAUAAAAAAAAACCUCACUUGCUCAGCCCUAAUCCUUUGACUCAGAAGUUUUAUAUCAGAGCUACUGUCUGGCAGGACACCAGGGAAGGACAAAGAUGGAGGGCAAGAAAUACUGCUUGGAUAAUCUUGGUGCCUCAUAAACAUUCUACACUUUCUGUACAGACUCUGAGUGUGGGUUACAGUUACAGAAUUACAAUUCCCAGUGGCCAGGAUGGAUGAUGUAUUCUGGAAUUUGUAGUCCAAAACGGUAACUUGCCUAAGCUCCGGAUUUUAUUUUGAGAAUCUUUUCUAAGUUUUUGUGGAGACCUCGUGGGCUAUAGUAUAGGGGGAAAGUAUUUUAGCUAUGUUAAUUAAUACAUUCUUAAUUGUAUAGCAUUUGUUGUGUGGAUUGGAUGGAAAUGAUAAUAAGUUGCUGGGGCAGGGGCUUUAGGCUGUCUAAUGAAACCUCUCACUCAGAAUAGGAAAACUAAAGAUAGAGCAUCCUCAGCAUGUUCCCUCCAGAAAUGGAAUAGACAUAGACCUCUCUGGAGGUCUUUAACCCAGCAUAUGGCUAUCCUGCAUCCGCAUGAAGACCUUAGGAGAGGAAAAAGACUGCCACUGUUGUAGAUAAUAGGUACCAAUGUCACACUUUUACUAUCAAGAUGCCUAACUACAUGGUUUGCUUCAUAACUGUCUAUUUUACUAAAGGAUUAGAGAUAUUUUCCAGAUGUUUGGGCAAGGUUCCCCCCGCCUUGGUUUUUAAUUUCUUCUAAAACAUUUGGAUGUCUUCACAACUAUCAGUGAAAGGGGAGGAUAGGAAUUUGGUUUCAUAUAGGAUAAAAAUUAAAAAUAUUUUGAAAAGGUUAAUCAAAUAUUGCUCUAAUAUUUGAAAUAUGAUGAGCUAGUUAUUAAGUGGCUGGUAUGCAAAGGUUGGCAAACCAAUAUCAGAUAUUGUUCUUGCAACGUGUGUGGUUCCACACUUAACUCCUAGCCCCACCACUCACAACAUACAUGAAAAUAUCUGAAACCCACUUCUGUUAAUCUUGUGUCUUAAUGUUAAACAUGUCAGUGUUAAUCUUCCUAAUCUUGCAUGCAAAUGUUAGGCAGAUAUAAUUCUGACUAUAUGCUGUUUAUAUGUUUAUAAAUUUGAAAGACAAGCACUGCAGCUCAAUGAGUGUACAUGGAACCAGAGCUUGCAAAUGUUAAAAAAAAAUUGGACCCCAACUCUGAGAAUUUGCCCAACAGCAUGGGCAAUGGAUAUUUUGGCUGGGGCACUCUGAGAGCUAUGGUCCAAAAAAGUAACUUUUCCAACUUUGUCAGGAAUGUAGGAAAUUGCCUUACAGUGAACCUGACUAUUGGUCUUUCUAGCAAAGCAUUGUCUGUGUGCGCAAAUUCACUGUGGCUGUUUGAGCCAUCAAACAGGAUUCCUUCUCGGCCCUAUCAGAAAAAGCCAAAUAUUAAUCUUUUCAAUUAAGUUGCUUCAUUGAGCUUAUAAAAGAUGAUCUGGCUACAAUUAAAAAGAAAUCAACAACGAAAUAUGCAGCAGAAUGUGUAAAAUAUGUUACCUGGAGUGCUUCCAGACUAUGCCGCAAUAUAUUUUCGAGUCAUUCCACCUCUACAGUGUGACAGUAAUGAGGUGUAUAUUGUGUUGCUUUUAAACCUGUAACAAUAAUACUAUUGAUAUAGCCAUGUCUUUUAAUUAUGAAUCUUGAUAUCUAUAUCAUUUCUGAUUUUAAAGCAUUUUAAUAUAGUCUCUGUAAGGAUUUUUAACAUGUAUUUAAUGAUAAGUGAAAUUAACGUAUUUGGAAAUAACACCGAUAAACACU